AGGUUGGCGUUGUGGGUCCAGCGCCAGUGAUCACAAUGGGACGCGUUGGUGAGGUAGCGAGCUUGCUGGCGCUGGUCGCCUUGACCGCGGCUAGUGUGACAGACAACACCCUCGAUGGCGGGGAGCGGGUGGUCCUAGUGGCCCCUGUGCUAGCCCCCCCGAGGGACUCCAGGACUCACAGCAACGACCGCGCGCGGCAGUUUCCCGUGCUAGUGCUUCUUGCGCAGCAGAAUGUGCCACAAGGCCGCUCUGAGCCUUCAGCCAAAUCUUUGGGCGGACCACCCAAGCCGAUUUAUGUUCAGAAACUAGAAGACCAAAAAGUACAACAAGAAACCACAAAGACUCAAAGUAAUCGUCAGAAGCGACACUUGCUAAAGAAAAUCCUCUUGGGCCACGGUGGCGGUGGUUACGAGUAUGGAGGAGGUGGUUUCAGCAUUGGAGGUGGCUACGGAGGCGGCUAUGGGGGCGGUGGCGGCUACGGCGGUGGUGGCGGUUACGGAGGCGGUGGCGGCUACGGCGGCGGCGGUGGUUACCAGGAGCCAUCCAAGACGAUAGUUGUGAAAGUCGUUCAUGAGAAUCAUGAUCAUGGCGGCGGUAAUUACGGUCACCACGGUGGUGGCGGUUUCCAAAGUGGCGGCGGCGGUUACGGCGGCGGUGGCGGCUAUGGAAGUGGCUACGGCGGCGGUGGCGGCGGUGGUUACGGCGGUGGAUACGGCGGCGGCGGCGGCGGCGGUGGUGGCGGCGGCAACGGUGGUGGUGGCGGCGGCGGCUACGGUGGUGACAACCACGCUGGUUUCGGGAAUCAAGGAGGCGGCUGCGGAGGUGGUUGUGGGGGAAAUGGAGGUGGCUUCCAUAGCACCGGCCUUGCCUCUGCCACCGCUACUGCUACUGCUACAGCGACUGCUCACUCUAGCUCUAACUCUUACGGCGGAGGGUACGGUAAAAAACGCUAAGUCUGUCUGGACUACAGUCGACAUUACUUAGUCAAUUGUAAUUUGUGAAAUAAUGAUGUGAGACUUGUGAGAGUGAUCGUGAGAGAAUAUAGGAACAUUUAAAAUGUGAAAAGCAAUAGCGGUAGGAGAAGCGAAAGAACAUUUUAGUUAUGAUCGAUAUCAAGUACCUAGUUUUUGGAGAAGUAAGUAACCAACUAUGUUAACAGUUAAGAAUUUGUGCAAUGAUUAAAGACUAUGAUUUUUA